UAGGGUAGAUAUAAAUAACUUGUUAUAUUAUAAGAGGAGGUUUUUCGUUUUAGGAAUUAAGUGAAUUUAGUUCCCUUUCAGAAGAGUUACAUGAUGUCUGGGAUAUUGAAAUUUUUUGUACCGUUUGUCUUCCUUUUUUUCAUUUCCAAAGUUAAUGGAGUUGAAAAUUCGGAGUCAGACUUAAGACGAUUUUUAUUCGAGAACUAUGAUAAAUUGGUGAGACCUGUAAGAAAAACAACAGAUACAAUACCAGUUAGAAUUAAUCUAAAUCCAGCUGGAUUGCGUGACGUGGAUAUAAAGGAUCGGCAAGUGAAGUUUGUUUCGUGGUUAUCCAUGAGAUGGGAGGAUGUAUAUCUUACAUGGGAUGCAGCUGAAUAUGGCAUUGAUCGACUCAUAGUUCCAAUGGACCAAAUUUGGACUCCUGACAUCUCCCUCUAUACAACAGUAUCUGACGACGGAUUGUUUCCUAAAGCUCAAACAAAUGCGAUUAUAUAUCAUAAUAGUACGGUUUUAUGGUCGCCAAUUUUCACAGUGAAGAGCAGAUGCCUACCAACAGAAAAUCAGGUCACUGAAGACACCUUUCAAUGCACCGUAAAAUUGGGAUCUUGGACGUAUCACCUCGGCCUCUUAGACGUACAUCACUAUAUUGAUGAUCCUUUAACAAAA